AUGUCAGACCAGAAUGACAGACGCCCAGCGAAACAGCGGCGAAUUCAUGGAAUGCCACUGCUCAAUCAAACAAGUUCUGUCGAGGAUGACGAAGACUCUUCAAGUUCCUCUUCAUCAUCUUCCAUACAAUUGCCGACGACUCGGCUUACCCAUCGACUGCUAAAGAAUGUCAGUUCACUACCUCCAGAAGAUUCUUCCAGCGAUGGAGAAAGCGGAGACGACAACGAAGAGGAGACGACGUCGUCUUCGGGUUCUGAAGAUUCAGAUAGCGAGGAGAUGUCGGAGGAGGAAGAAGAAGAAGAGGAGGAGGAGGAGAAGGAGGAAGGCGAGGACGUCGAGGAUCAUGUCGCUGCGAGUGGUCCAGGAAUUCCACGUUUCACCACGCUACCCGCUCGAGCGUCAGACCUCAAGUCUCGUUUGCAGAGUUUCUUGCCACAGCUUCAGCAAGCAAACGUGGAGCUCGAUAACUCGAGAGGAUUAGUUGACAAAAGAAUCGACCAUGUAUCGGACGACGCCGAACACUACAUUGAGAUGGAGGUGGGUCUAGGUGUGUUGUCUGAGCAGAACGACGAUGCCACCCAAAUACGACUACCACAUUCAUCUCCUAGUGAGGAGGAGGACAACGCAGGCAAUGACGAGACCAAGGGUGGACAGGAAGACACCGUGUUAUCACGAUUGGUCGGCACAAACGGGACAAAGGGAACUAAGCGAAAAAUCGAGGAACUGUGAUGAGGGGAUAGUUUUGUAUGGAUAUGGACUUCGCACCGAGCAUGGCGUCUGGGGUUAGGAGUCUUGUUGGUAGUAGUAGGGGUAGGUAGGAU